GUCUGUGUUUACGAGGGCGUUCGGCCGUUGCUCCGUACACUGGUCACACAUAUUUUCGUUUAUAAAUAAAACAUAUUUAACGCUCUCGAUCUUUACGGCUUGUUAAAAUAUUUUACUCGUUGGUGUAUUUAUUAGUAAAGCUUACAAGAAUAAAAAAUAAUUACAACAAAAAGCAAACAAACAAUAUCAGAACAUAAACAAAAUGAGCGCAUGCAAUAAAAGUUGCCUUUGUCAAAAAAAUUAAAAAAGUAAACAGAACUAUGGAUUGGCGCGAAAAACUUUUCGGUCGCGUGCUUGUGAAAUGCGAUUCGCCGGGCACUCAGAACGGUAAAUUCGAAAACGUACAAACUUUGGAAGCGCUAUCCGACUGCGUUGAAGACGGAGAGGGUGCUGUUUGUGGGAUAUAUUUCUCAUUUGCGAAUAUAAGUGAUGCAAGUGACGAUUUCGGUGUGCGCUUGGAGGAGGUCUACAAAGCUGUUUUUCCAAAAUUGAAAGUGGUGGAAGUAGUCUUGUGGGCUCACGUCGGUACCCCCGAAGGCCCGGUUGAGAGAGAAGCUGGGUUCAGACGUACUUUGACUGGAAAACCGUGGUUUGCAGUACCAUUUCACGAUGUCGAUACUAAGCGACGCCUCACCCAAAAAUACAGUAUUGCAGUGGGCAUACCAACUCUAGUCAUACGGGGCAGGGCAGUUCGGGACUCUUUACUAAGUGACCCAAAAGGAGAACGGUUCCCCUGGCCCGCACCUCCUUUAAAUGAAGUACUGCGAGGCGUGGAGCUGCAGGGAGAUGAGAACAAGCUCUACGAAGAUCUACCGGCUGACGCUGUGAGAGUGUUUUAUUUCGCAGCGCAUUGGUGCCCGCCAUGUCGUUCAUUCGCGCCAAGUCUCUGCACGACGCUCAACGCGGUGCGCAAGCGCAGGAACAAGUUCGCUAACACUCAACUCAUACUCGUCUCUAGUGAUAGAUCAGAACAAUCCUACAAGCGAACUGUCGCCUCAGUAUCCCCCGCUGGUGCGCUCUCGGUCCCCUGGUCAGCGAGUGAAGUUCGUACGGCAUUGCCCACCGCGCUGGGCGUGGCCGGUAUACCAGCUCUCGUCAUCACUAAUGGGGAGGGGAAGGUGCUAACUUCAAACGGCAGGCAACACCUUGCUGCUGACCCUAUUGGCUUGAACUUCCCGUGGGGUCAGCGGCCCGUGUCUGUGUUGACAGAACAAGCUCUCUUGAAGAUGGCCCGUCACCCCGCUGUUGUUCUGUUUAUUGACGACGAAGACUCCGAAAUAGAAUUCGCGGAAUCGGUCCUCACGCCCUCCGCGGAGUCAUACUUCGAAGAAUGCAGCAUACAGUACCCCGGCUUCUGUCCCUACCAAAACUCGUCAGACGACGAGACAAUGGACUUCGACUACUCGACCACGAAAACGUCACGAAUCAAGAAGAAAUUCAAACACGUGAUGUUCUUCAUCGGUAUAGAUGGGACGGACAGCGCGGACAUGAUUCGCGAACAUAUCGGUUUGGACGACGCCGUCCCGCUGCUGACCGCCAUCGACUUCCCAAAACAGAAACUAGUGACGAUGAAAUAUGGCGACGAAAUAACCACAGAUUCGGUGCAGAAUUUUGUCGAUGCGUUCUUGAGCGGAAACGCCGACUUCAAACCGUUGAAGCCGUACAGUGACAAGUGUUAGUGUACGCCUUUAUAAAGCGCGCCAUUCAACAUGCCGUGUAAAGUUUUUUUUUAUAAUCAUUUAUUUAGCGGGCUUUUAAACUAUUGUUUAUGUCAGCCCCAUUAAAACCAACACCCUUACAAACUAUAUACAAAGAUGUUUAAAAUAAAAAAAAUUAAACAAAACAAAGCAUUGCUACUACUAUACUGCUAAACACUAAUAAAACAAGAAAAAAAUCAAAAACACGUCAAGUCUAAGGACUUGGUUCAUAAACAUACAGGAUCUUACUAGUCGAUAAACCAUCUCUGCCUCCUCCGAAGUGUAAAGGUGUAAUUACUCAGUAUAAUAUGUAUUAUAAUACUAGCUGUACUACGAGGUUUUACCUGCAAAUAAAACCAUGUGCAAAAACUUUCCCCCUAUUUAGACGCUUCAUGGGUCAACCCUUAAACAUAAAUUUUUUUAACAUAGAUUGUUUGAAGCUGGGUCUUCAACUAUUUUCAUUCCAAACUUUUAGAAUCGCUGCAGUGGCUUACUUGUGAAGGUGUUACAAACAGACAAACUUUCGCGUUUACGAUAUUAAUAUGACCGCUAUAUUUUAUCUUCGUUAAUCGACCAAAAUAUGUUGCAUAUGCUUGUUAAAAUCCAAGCCCAUUAAGAAUUCCUGUUUUAAUAACUAUAAAGGGAUAAAAAAAUCAUGUUUACGGCUUUUUCCUUAUUCUGCUCUGAACUAGUCAAUGAAGUCACCAUUGAAGACGAUUUAUUUAAAAAAAUCGGUCAAGUGCGAGUCGGCCUUGCGACACUAAGGAUUCCGUACUUAUAAGCUAUAGAGCAAUGCAAAAAAAAAAAAAA